AUUUCCCUCUCCCUUCCACCUUGCUUCCACCCAACUUGUUUGAUUAUUAUGGCUUACAACGACCCGUACGCUGGCCGGUACGGUGGACAACAGCAGUACGGAGGCCAAGGCCAGCAACAACAACACUAUGGGCAAUAUAACGAACCAGUCGAGUACAAUCCAUAUGGCGGCGCGCCACCACACGCGACCUAUGACAACGGCGGCUACGACAACUACAACAACUACGGCGGAAGAUAUACCGACGAGCCACAGCAAUUCAGGCAAGGGUCAUAUGCUGACGAACCGCAUCAGCAGUAUCCUCAACGACAACCCUCUAAUCGAAGCUAUACGAACUCCGCCCCACCGCCCAUUGCCCCAGCGAAGAGCAUAGACGAGACGAGUAGAUUUGAAGCAGGGGAGUUCACGCCGACACCGCGGGGUCCAAAAACAGCCAGCAACCUGAGGCAGUAUCGUCAGGAUUUCCAGGGAAACCUUUGGAAGAAGGGCGGACGGGGCAGCUGUUGUUUUAGAUUCUUCUGUUGCUUUUUCUUCAGUGCCAUCUUUCUCAUCGUUGCUAUCCUGCUUGCUCUUGUUCUGUGGCUCCGACCGCCAAGCAUCACCUUCGGGACUGUCGCACCAAUGACGUCGACAGGAUCAACAAUCCAAGCUUCGAACGAUGGGAUAAAGAUUGCUAUGGGAGUGAACAUCACUGUACAAAACCCCAAUUACUUUGCCGUCAACUUCAACAAAAUCACAGCAGACAUCCUGUACCCUAUUGACGGCCAGCCGGACACCGACGUUGGUGGCGGUACCGCAUCCGACAUUAGCAUUGCCUCCAACAAAGAGACAAACUUCACGUUCCCGUUCGCGAUUGACUACAAGACCUCCUCAGACCCAAGCAACAAGAUUCUGCUCGAUAUUGCUACCCGAUGCGGAAUACUGGGUGGCGCCAAGUCGUCGCUCACUGUGCGCUACAAGAUCAAGCUGGGCAUCAUGUUUGCCUUCAUCCCGCUCUCACCGACCAUCUCCAACUCGUUUACCUUUACUUGCCCUCUGAGCGCAUCGGACCUCUCGGGGUUGCUUGGUGGCGCUGGGGCGCUUAUCGGUGCUGCGAAUGGCGCUGGCCGCACUGGUGCUUAA